AUGGGAUCCCAGCAGUCACAGCCUCAGCAGCAGCAUCUAGCAUGGCAAUAUUACGCCACCUCAGUGUGGGGCACCUUGACGCUACACACGCGACAGGAGAUUGCGGGAAAGCUGAGGGAGCUGCUGCAGUCCAGCAGCGAGAAGGCAGUGGCGCCGUGUGUUCUGCUCGUGUGUGAGCCGGCGCCGGAGGUGCUGGCGUCGCUCUCGGCGCAGGCCGCGCUGCGGGCAAGGCGACAUCUUCCCGAUGCCUCUACGCCAGGGAACGUCAUGUGCUCCUGUAGCAAAAGCGGCAGCGCGAGUGACUCCGCAGCGGCAGAGCAGAUGCUCGCGGAGGCCGUAGUUCUCGCACUUCUCCACCCAUACAUGCAGCGUGACGAAGAGAGUGGUGUGUGCAUUCUCCCUGGUGUAUUCGCGCUCCGCUCUGAUGCAACCGUCGGGCAGCUCAAGAUGCGUAUUCGCCACCGCUACCACCUCGACGGACGUGCUCCCCUGGCAGUUUUCUUUGAAGAGCAGCGGCAUCAGCAGCAACAUCAGUCAGGCACUGAAGAAGGAGGAGAGGAGGGUGCGGUAGGUGGCUUAUCGAUGGUGACGCCGCUCGACACCGUCACCCUCACCGAGGCGUGCAGGUGUGUGCACCAGGACGGUUUUGUGUACUGCGUAGUGGUGAUGGAGGGCAUGUAUGGCCGCUGCACCGCUGCGCUGUGCCACUCCGAGCGGGUUGAGAGGCUUGCACCUAGCAAAGUGGCAACAUGGGCCCCACAAUAA